UUCUCUCAGAAAGUACAUCACAGUCAAACAGACGGAUACAGUGAAAGGUGUUUGUUCCUUGCUGGCUUCACAGUCUCUCUUUCCAUCACGAGGAAUAAUUCUCAUAGACAUGAGCAUCUCUGCCAACCUCAGCAUGAUGUCUGGAAACCAAACACAAGGAAAUAACACAGAAUGUAAACUUUACCUGGAGGACUGGACCUUCCAUCUGAUUCCAGUUUAUAUCCUCGUCAUAUCUGUGCUGGGAAUAGUCCUUAAUGUGUUCGUGUUGAUGGUGUUCUGUCUCCACAAGAAAGCCUGCACCGUGCCUGAGAUCUACUUGAGCAACAUGGCAGCUGCUGACCUUGUCCUGAUGUCCUGUUUGCCCUUCUGGGCCGUUUAUGUUUUAAGGCAUUUGGUUUGGCCUUUGGAUGAAUCCAUGUGCAAAAUUGUCACUAUGGCGAUUGUAAUGAAUGCUGACUGCAGCAUCUACUUCCUGGUUCUGGUGAGCAUAGAUCGUUAUAUGGCUCUUGUACACCCGAUGACCCAAAUGAGAAUGCGCCGACCUUCUUAUGCUAAACUUGGAUGUUUGCUGGUGUGGGGUCUGGGCUUUCUCCUGCGUCUCCCCACACUCAUCUUUAGGAAACUAUAUUAUGAGGGAAAUGUUACGAGAUGCCAUAUUGAUUAUCCAAAAAAUACGUAUUUGGUGUUUGCGCUUAUACCCUUCAUAUUCAGUUUCUGCAUACCUAUUUCCAUUAUUUCCUUCUGCACAAUCAAAAUUAUCAAAGUACUGACGAACAGGCUAACUGAAGGUUUAGAGUCUCAAAACACGGACCGGAAGGCCACCACUCUGGUCUUGGCGGUCCUUUUGGCGUUCCUGAUCUGCUGGGUGCCUUUCCACCUGGCUAAGCUAUUAGUUAUACUUAUUAAAUUAAAAUUGGGCAUUAUAACAAAAUGCUCCGUCCUUUACGUCCUGUCCAUCUGCCGACCGACCUUCACCUACCUUGCCUUCUUCAACAGCGUUCUCAACCCCAUUCUCUACGUCAUUGUUGGCAAAAACUUCAGGAAAAAACUAAGGAACUGUUUAAGCAGUGGAGUGAUGUGA